AUGCCAAACGUCUGUGUUGAAGUAAGAAUAAGACCAAACUCAAGGAAUGUGCUAGAAUUCUCAAACAACAAAAUAAUAGCGGGAUCUAAAAUAUACACAUUCUCAAAAGUGCACAAUCGGGUAUCUCAAACCACUCUAUUCAACACUUCUAUUCUGCCAUACGUUGAAAGGUUUGUUAGUGGCGAAAACUGCACAAUCCUAGCAUAUGGUCAGACAGGCUCUGGAAAGACAUACACUAUGGGGCUCACUCAUAUAAAUGAGAAAGGGAUAAUCCAGAAUUCGCUGGAGUGCAUUUUCAAAAGGGGGCUAACACUGGCCUGCUCAUUCAUAGAGAUAUACAACGAGGAAAUUUACGAUCUUAUGAGCGAAAUAAGAGUCCCAUUGAAUUUAAGACAGGGACUUGAGGAUAUUAAUAUAGUAGGAUUGACUGAGACUGAAAUCUCCUCAUACAGCGAAGCAUUAGAGGUGUUGCAAAAGGGAAAUGAAAAUAGAACGACAAAGUCCACAAAAAUGAAUGUGGAGAGUUCUAGAUCGCAUGCUAUGUUUACAUUAUCCCUCCGCCAAACAGUCAGCGAUAGACCUGUGGAGUCACGGAUGAGCUUUGUGGAUCUAGCAGGCUCGGAAAGAUUGAAGAGAACAGAAUGUAGUGGACAUACUGCUCGAGAGUCUAUUAGUAUAAAUGCUGGCCUCCUUUCCUUGGGAAAUGUGAUUAGUGCCUUGUACCUGAAAAAACCCCACGUGCCGUUCAGAGACUCCAAGCUUACCAGGAUUCUUCAAAAGUGCCUUAAUGGAUAUGUUCUUUUGAUAUCCUGUGUCUCCGGUCUUCAAGAAGAUCUUUUUGAAACCACAAAUACACUGAAGUAUGCCAGUAGGGCAGCUCUGAUAGCACUUGAUAAAAAGGUUCAUGUGGAGAGUGAUAAAGACAAGCAGAUAGUUCUGAAUCUAAAGAAGGAGAUAAGUGCCCUGAAAGAUGAGAAUAAUAGGCUUAGGGCUGCAGCCCUUUGCUCAGGAUUUAAAAAUGAAAAGAUAAGAAACCAUCCUGUUGUGGUUGAACUUAUAAGUCGACUGAGGAGAUAUGAGAGUGAAGAUGCCAUACGGAGCAUUGUAGAAAAUACACGCAACAACAAUGCUAGUGUUAUAAAUAAAGAUGGCAGAGGCAGCAACAGCAUUAGUUUUGCAAACAAGGAUGCUGUGAAUAGUAAUGUGGGUAGAGACAGCCAUAUUGCCAAUGAGGUGUUCCCGAAAUCAACAUUUGUUGAAAGAAUUCAUGGCUCGGUGCUACCCAAAAAACAGAACACCGGCAGAGCCCAGAUAAAUGAAAAGAGUGUUAUAUCUGAGGCUGAUAUUAUCAAAGAGAACAUUGAGAAUAUUUCUAAAAUACACUUGUCAUCAGCAAAUACGAAUUAUACAAGCGAAGUAAAUACUGAGGAGCAAUCAGCUCAUGCAAAUCAGCUCUUUACUAUGAAUCAAGCAGGCAUGGCCAAUGCCAGAAAUAGCACUACAAAUUCUGAACCAUCCAAUAUUAGCACGCUAGUAUCUAGCAUAAGCAAUGUAGUCAAAAUGGAGAAUGUUGGAGUGUCAGAUGAUAGUAGUGCGGGUGUAGUAAGAAAGAAAAGAACUAAGCUUGUCUCCUUUGAUCUGGAGCCCAAGCCUAAGAAGAAUAUCCUUUUUACUCCCUUAAAGGAAACUCGCAGAGUCUCAUUCAAUUUAAUAGAAACCGUAACCGAUCAAACCCCCCUAUCUUUUAUUAUUCAUCAAGGAAAGGUAUUCUUCAACUGUGCAGACUCGAAAAUAAGAGCCUACGACUCAAAACUAUCAAGCAUAGUCUCAGACGACUGUAUUCGGUGUCUAUACUCCUCUGCUAAUCUUUACUAUUCUUCAAGAUCCCUUUUGAAAAUGUUCAUCAGUACUGGAAGAUCCCUUCCAGUAUAUGCUUAUAAGAACGAAAUUUCCUCCCUGACAAUUCAGAACAAUCUUGUCUUUACUGGGCAUGAGGAUGGCUCCUUAAAUGUUCUGGAUAUAAGGUCCAAUGAAGUCCUGCAUUCCAGUAGAAUCCAUAGUGGUGCUGUAUUUGAUAUGAUACUUGCUGAAGGUAAAUUUUUUUCCUGCUCCAGAGACCAUUCGGUUAAAUUCAAUGAGUUUUGUGCCGACAGAUUUCGGUUUUCUCACGACUUUAUCUCUCUGUCUCCUCCCCACUAUGAUAGUGUAAGUAAACUACUGUACUUCAAGGACAGGUGCAUAAGCCUGGGAAGAGACUGCGCCAUAAAAGUAUGGAAUGAUGGACAGCCUUUUAAAACUGUUCCAUAUGCCCAUGAUUCAUGGAUUAAGAGCGGAUCAUCUGCCAAUGACUAUUUUGUAACAGGAUGUAAGAAUGGUAUCGUUAAGUGCUGGGAUUUUAUCGACCAUUCUGUCAGAUGUGUAGGGAGGGUGGAUGUUGGAUCAAGUGUCAACUGUAUGUUAGCCAACGGAAAUGAAUUGUGGGUGGGUGCACAGAGCAAGAAGAUAUAUAGAUAUUGUAUAGAAAAGGAAUAA